CUCGAAGGAGAACCCGCUCCUUUUUCUCACUUCUCCAUUGGCGGUGGUGCAUGCCCUAAUGGAACCAUCCUCCAACACCCUCGCUUCGUCGUCGUCGUCGUCGUCGUCGUCGCCGCCGCCGCCUCCUACGCCGCCGCGCCGAAUGGCCUCCUCCGACACCUCCAUGGGCUUCGGUGAGCGAGCCAUCGCCGCUGCGGGGGCCGCCGUCGUCUCUGCCGUCAUCGUCAACCCCCUCGACGUGGCGAAGACAAGAUUACAAGCGCAAGCAGCUGGAGUACUCUAUAACUCGGUAUACUUGAUUCUCAUUGUUUCACAGUUUCCAUUAUUUUCAUAUUUUAGGUGCUAUCCUUCAUGCAGCCCUACUGGAGUACAUGGUUCGGGGCCAACUUGUUCUCCUGAUUGCUUUCAAUACAAGGGAACAAUAGAUGUAUUCUACAAGGUUAUUAGACAGGAAGGAUUUGCUAGAUUAUGGAGGGGUACAAAUGCGAGCUUAGUAUUGGCUGUACCAACAGUGGGCAUUUACUUACCUAGUUAUGACAUUUUGCGCAAUUGGAUUGAAGACUUUACAAAUCAGCAUUCUCCUGCACUGACCCCUUAUGCUCCUUUAGCUGCUGGUUCUAUUGCACGUACACUGGCCUGCAUAUCUUGCUCUCCUAUUGAGCUGGCAAGAACGCGCAUGCAGGCAUUUAAGGAGUCUCACCCUGGAGCAAAGGCCCCUGGAAUAUGGAAGACCUUACUUGGCGUUCUUUCACCGCGGAAAAGUGCAAAUCAUCUUGAGAAUUUGCAAGGGUAUCGCUUGCUUUGGACUGGUAUGGGAGCUCAACUUGCCCGUGAUGUUCCUUUCUCUGCUAUUUGCUGGCUAACUCUUGAACCAAUUAGAAGAAGGCUACUUGGGCUGAUUGGUGAGGAAGACAAUGUGGCUGGUGUUAUUGGAGCCAAUUUUUCAGCUGGUUUUGCUGCAGGAGUUGUUGCUGCUGGUGCCACAUGUCCUCUUGAUGUUGCCAAGACUAGAAGACAGAUAGAGAAAGACCCGGCAAGAAUUCUAAACAUGAAUACGAGGCGAGUACUACUUGAGGUUUGGAGGAAUGAAGGAAUGAAGGGACUCUUCACGGGUGUAGGGCCGCGCGUUGGACGUGCGGGCCCUUCGGUCGGGAUUGUCGUCUCGUUCUAUGAAGCUCUCAAGCAUAUCCUACAUAAAAGGCAUGCUAACUCGUGACGGAGCGGAGAGAGCUUUCCAUGCCCUUUCAUGUUUUUUAGCAUCCUUAACCCUAAAGACCUGAAAAAGCCUCCCUAAUAAGGGCUUAUUCUUUCCCACUCAGGUAAGCACUAAAUAUCAAUUGCCCAUUUCUUCUCAAGGUUCAAUAGCAAUUUUUUGCAUUUUGGAGGUUGCUAUUGUUUUUGCAGUUCUUUGUAUUUAUUUUACGGUAGAUUAUUUGAAUCAUGUUUUGGAGGCUAUAAUAAAGUUGUUUUUUUUUUUUUUUU